UAUCAUGGUCGAGGCUGUAGCCAUUCAGAAUGUUGCCUGGGAGCUGCAUCGUCGUGAAUUGGGCGGCUGUCGCGUGCCCUGCCCCGCCCCUUGUAUUAACGUGACGUGUCAUAGCCGGCAAAUUCUGAAGCAAGUCAUCCUGGCUGCCCAUCGCCAAUACCAACCCCUUCUGCCCGCUCCCCUCACCUCGGCCAAAGACAGCCUGUAUUGCGACGGGAAGCUCUUCCUGAAGCGAGAGGCCCGAUCCUACACGUGUCUGGCCUUGAGAGACGGCCCCGUGGCCUUAAAAGCCUUCGAUGCGUCUCCGUCUUUACCCAGUCUGUAUUCACUGCCCGCCUGGCCUAAAUGGGAAGAUCAAGAGAUGUGGGCCGGGUCGUUACCCGAGUUUGUGAUCCCGCCUCUGGCGUUGAACGCCCACAAAUCGACCUUGAUUGUGUUGCAACAGGACGGCUGGUUGAGUUUGUAUGACGGGCAUUCGGGUCAGAUGCGGCAACGGGUGUUCUUGUCGAGUUCGGUCAAGUAUCGAGAAAUGGUGUGUGAUGCCGAGAGCUCGAGUGUCGUGCUCAAAUCCACGCGCUUCAUGAUCCGGCGAUCGCGGACUUUGCUCUCUAUGAUGAUUUUUCAUUUCCCGCCCUUGACCUUUAAGGCGCAUUUUAACGUGAGCCAAUCCAUUUUUGGCUCGACCAUCGUGGAUGCGGUCAUCAGUCAUGAUUUGCUGAUUGUCAUGCAUUCCGACGACUCACUCCGCGCUUUUAGUUUGAACUACAUCUUGGACAAGUUCACGUUGAGACACUUCAAGAUCGGUGAUGUGGAUGAGAGCGAUUUGGACUCUCGUUAUGGUCAGCUUCCGGUCGGAUUUCCUUACAAUGUGGAUAUCACGCAUUUGCCACCUUGCCUCUUUCACGUUAAGUCCAUGCAGCAUCAUUUGCAAAUUGGCUCGUUUCCGUGGAAAUAUAUCGUCCGGGCGAGUCACUCCCAAUGCGAGAUGUUCAAUUUGAAAGACGGAUCGGCGGUUCGGCGUGGAGGGAUUGAAUUUUCGGAUGAUAUCGAACAAGAUGAAAUCUUAUUUCACCCGGACGAGUCGCCCAGACUGAUACACGUGUCAUCCAAUGCCUUCAGAGUAUUUUAUAUUCAUGGUGCAAACCAAGAUCGAUUAAAUGCCAGUUCAAUGGAGGAAGUCUUCCAACUAUCGCCUUUUCAUCGGCAAGGAAUCUCGGAAGGAAUGAAGCUGAUGACCCAAUUCGGGCGAAAAAUUCGCCAACCGGUGAACUACAGCUCAUACUUUGAUCUCAAACAAGAAAUCACCUUUGACUACGAGGAUGAACUUGAUAUCUUUGCUGUGAUGGCAGCCUCUGAAGUCAACACCGAUGAUGAUGGGUCAUUAGAAAUGAACUUGGACAAGAUCUACCUCUUGGAUAGUAAAAGUUACAAAGUGCAUCGAACUGUGGACUUAGAUGUGGUGGUGAGAAUGACGAGUAGCUCUUCUAUGAGUGUCAUCAUGGAUCGAGAUCUCCUAAUUGUACGUGUAAGAAACCCAUCCUUGAGCUCGACUUUCAUCUACAGACUCCGAGAACCUGUGUAAAAAACUUCGGGCUUUCUUUUUUUUGCUCAAGAGACUGAGAUGAGACAUGGCCAAAUUUGGCCAAAUCUGAUUAAAGAAGAAGAAGAAGAAAUAAAUCUGACGUCCGA